AUGAGGCAAAAAUCUCCGAGGAGCCGUGUCUUGUUUGCCAGGGUGGUGCCACAAACACAGUUGUUGGAAAGUAAACUCGCGGCUCUCAAAGUUACCGUAAUCCUCGGGAUGACUUUCGAAGUUUUACGGUUCGAAAGUGUGGUUUAUAACGAUUGCGAAAUUAAGCAAAAAAAAAAACGUGACUUAACGCAUUUUUCUGUGGAAGUGUCACGCUUUUUUAUGAGUAUUGGAACAACUUUUGUGAUUCGAAUGUAGUUCGAAAUUCUAGUAGAGAACUUUGAAAAAUGGUCCAAAAACCUUUUUUCCGUCAAAAAAGCAAUUUUUGGAUUGUAAGUUAGUUUCGAAAGACAAAAACAAAAAGGAGAAUCGGGAAAAAAAUGAUUUUAAAAGAAACAUAGGACGUUUUGAAAAUUCUAGUCAUCAAAAAUUUUGUCAUUCUUUCUCGUAAUAAAAUACGCAUAUGCUUUUAGGCGCAUUGAGUUUCAUUUCGAGCUCGCUAAACAUGAAAAAAAGAACCCAAAUGAAUUUUAAUUUGAAGUUAAAUGAAGAUAGCCGGGUUAAUAAAGUGCUAAAAAAAAUUAUGGAAAUCAAGGAGCCUGUAGGGAACUCCCAGGAAACUUUGACGUUGAAAAAGCUUCAAAAAAGGUUAAAAUUCCCAAAGAAACAAUCCCUUUGACUGAACACUCGAAAUGGAAAACCGGGGUCAAACAGGCUUUUUCUCAGAUUUUUUUUCCUCAAGAAGUCAAAGAAAUAUGGCGUACGUGAUUUGAGUCUGUGUGUUUGUGCCGCGGCAGACAGAGCAGCAUUGUUUGAAGAAAGCUCGGCUGAGUCCCGCCAAAAAAACUUUUUUUCGCCGACAAAUAUUCAAGAAAAAAAUAUGGAGAAACUUAGUGAGACUGUUUUUCAGCUCAGUUUGUGCAAAAAAAGGAAAACUUGAAAUUUAGAAUUUUUUUAAAAAUUUUUUUAUGCCAAUAGAAGAAAACAAAAGAGAAAAAGCAGGCCGAAUAGUUAGGCUCAUAUGUGCUCCAAGGACAAAUCUUUGUUUUUUUGAAUGUUCUGAUGAAGUUGAAAAAAAUAAUCUCUUUCAAAGUCGCAGAUCAAGAAACACACCAAUUUUAGGUAUUCAAAAUCUGAUAGAUUUCAUGAUUAUCUUUUUAAGAAAGUCGAAUUGGACGUGAGGAAAGAGUUUUGUCCAUAGAGCGCACAAUCACUUGAAGAAUCGACCUAAUCAAACUUCCUAAACUCUUUUUCGCAACGAAAUUUUUGAGCUGGGAUUUAAAAAAAUUUGGGGCUGAACUAGCUCAAGUUAUGAUCGACAGAAAAAGUUAAAAAAAUUUAUUCAGAAAAAAAAAAAUUGAGGAAGCCUAUGCGGAAUGGUCGCGUCGCAUAGAUGUAACUUUCAUUUCACGGUCAGAAUCUAUAAUCUUUUAAAAUUUUCCUAUAAUCGUCUCUUCAUCCAAUGGUUCCAUAACUAAAACGAAAAAAAGCUUUGAAAAAUUAUUUAAAAAAUAUUAUAUCGUAGAAAAGUAAGUGUACAGAAAUGAACAGUUCAAAUGAAAACAGGUUGAAAAAGAUCGCCUCAAAAAAAAAAAAAAAUGAAUCGCCUUUUUGCAUAAUAUUUAGUGCGAGUGGUUCACUAGAUUCGUUGUUUUUGAACUGGACCCCUAAAAAUAAUGUUCCAACAGGUGUUUAUUCGCUCGGAGGGGAAAACCAACCUUCAAAGCUUAUUUUUUCAAAGCUAGUCCUGUAUUUGGGAGGAGGAAAUUUUCAAAUACCUGUACAAAUUUACACUUCAAGUCAGUCGAUAGUCGGGAAAAAUAACUUAUUUUUAGUUUUUGGAAUUUUUCUCUUUCUCAUUUUUUUUUAAAUAUUAUUGCCAUUGUUUUCAGAGCAGUCUGUAUUAUUUUUUCAUUUUUUUUUUGCUUUUUAUUCUCAUCCAAAAGAUCCGUUCAAAAUUCUUUGCUUUGACCUUUAAAGGAGCAGACGUCAUGUAGAACAGGAAAAAGCGGGCUCUAAAAGAGUUUAUUAAACUUCUCCAUGAUCUUCGAUACGCUCUGGUAUUUGAUAUAUAACUUCUUUUCUUUUAAUUUCCAACGGAAAAAUAAAACACCCUCCGAAGGUAAUUUCCACAUUCGCUGCUGUAUAUAAUUAUAAAACCCUUUAAUUUACUGGUUUUUCAAAAGUUUAAUUGCAAGCCAGAUGACUCUCGUUGUAAAUCAUUUGGAAAACUGGCUUCAAAUCCCUCGAAGGAGCAAAAAAAUCACUCGUUUUCCCGAUCAAAACACCUCUUCCGCGUGUCAAUAUUUCAAAGUAGCAGGCGGCGGUUUGAGAAGCGAAUCGGUGGGUCGAGAAAAGGUGGACGGAUGGAUGCCAGGACGGACCCAAAAAAGCAGUCGCUUAGCGAGUUUUCCGAAGAGACGAAGGAGGCGCCCUCGUCUCUCCCGCGGAUGCCAGAAGACGUGGCCGAUGAUGAUGAAGCGUCGUCGACGACGACGACGACGAGACGAGAAUCUGUCUCAAUUUUCGAAUGA